AGGGACCAAGCCAGGGAAUAAAGAGGCGCUGCUACUGGAUCGAAACAGGGACGCGCUACCCAAAGCCCCGGGGGGGAUAUCUUGGCAUUGAAUAUCCCUCUUGGACCCUGCCCCUGGCACACCCACCCACACAGGAAUACAGGACAAGAUGGCAGGGAUCCUAGUUUGGUUUUGGAAUGAGAGAUUUUGGCUGCCUCACAAUGUCACCUGGGCGGAUUUAAAGAGCACUGAGGAAUCCACUUUCCCCCAAGCUGAGGACCUGUAUCUGGCCAUCCCUCUGGCCUUCUGCAUCUUCUGCAUCCGGCUUUUAUUUGAAAGGUUUAUAGCUAAACCAUGUGCAUUGGCCCUGAAAAUCCAAGCAAGUGGACCACAGAAGGCUCAGUACAAUGCCAUUCUUGAAAAAGUCUUCACUUCAAUCACAAAGCACCCUGAUGAGAAGCGUCUGGAUGGGCUUUCUAAGCAGCUGGACUGGGAUGUGCGUAAUAUACAGCGUUGGUUUCGGCAGAGGAGGAAUCAAGAAAAACCGAGUACACUCACUCGGUUCUGUGAGAGCAUGUGGAAGUUUACGUUUAACCUUUACAUAUUCACCUAUGGAGUCAGAUACCUGAAAAAGACUCCAUGGCUUUGGAAUACAAGACAGUGCUGGUACAACUAUCCUUAUCAGCAACUCACCCCUGACUUGCAUUACUACUAUGUUGUGGAACUCUCUUUCUACUGGUCCUUGAUGUUUUCUCAGUUCACUGAUAUCAAGAGAAAGGACUUUGGCAUCAUGUUUCUUCAUCACCUCGGUACAAUCUCAUUGAUUACCUUUUCAUACGUGAAUAACAUGGUGCGAGUAGGUACCCUAGUGAUGGGGCUCCAUGACAUGGCUGAUGUUCUACUAGAGGCUGCAAAAAUGGCAAAUUAUUCAAAAUGCCAAAAAUUAUGUGACCUUCUCUUCGCCCUGUUUGCUUUGGUGUUUUUAAUAGCAAGACUGGGGGUAUUUCCCUUAUGGAUUUUAAACACUACAUUGUUUGAGAGCUGGGAAAUUGUUGGUCCUUAUCCCUCCUGGUGGGUAUUUAACCUACUGCUGCUGCUUCUACAGUCCCUACACUUAUUUUGGUCAUAUCUCAUAAUCAAGAUUGCAUGUAAAGCAAUUUGCAAAUGCAAGAUUGGAAAAUGGAAUCCUUUGCAUGUAUCAAAGGAUGACCGUAGUGAUAUUGAGUCCAGCUCAGAUGAAGAUGACUCAGUAAGCUGGACCAAACACUCCCAGAAUCCUUCUUCCAAUGGCACCAGUUCUAAUGGAAUGAACGGAUAUCUCAUGGGUGCGGCUGUUUCUGAGGAGCACUAGCUCACCAACUGCACAGAACCAUAAACUCUUUGCAACUGGAUAAGCUCCUUCAUAGAUCUCCACAUCACAAAAUAAAUCUAGGAAUAAAAAUGCAUUCAACUA